GGAAGGCAACAUCUAUUUCCACAUUUGCAUUUCUUACCGUUCCAUUGCCUUUUGUAGGUGCCGUACCGAAAGUCGUAUAAAGUCGACCUCAAUGUCGGGAGUCUUUUUAAGUAAUGUGGACGACUACUUGGCACCGUCGCAAGCCUGUGUGAAUCCUCUCUUUAGCACCGACAAAAAGAAAGACGACGAGAAGAAAAGUGGAGUUGUGGGAACCCUCUCCAAUGGUAACCAUGCCAACGACGACCCGAACAGCUUCGACACCGCUGCUGCCUCGGAGAACCCAGCGAUUGUCCCAAGGAAACGGGUGCGUCGUCGUCUUCCUGCAGCAAUCACCGCUUCUUCCGACUGGACACCCAGAGUCCCGAAGGAUCCGGUGCAGGCGUCCAUUGCUGACUGCUUGGCCUGCUCCGGUUGCGUCACGACGGCUGAGACGGUCUUGCUGGAAACGCAACACAGUGUCGUAGCUUUGAAAGAGCUGAUUGCGAAAAAAGAAAACGAUCGUCCCAAAAUCGUGGCGACCAUUUCUCCCGCCGCUUGGGCCGAUUUGCAUCGUCAUCUCAGUCGUGAAUUCAACUGCUCCCCUAGCCUGUCGCUAUCGGCGCAGCAACGAUGGACUAUUCUAUUAUGGAGAGCGCUGAAGAUUUCGAGCGUCUUGGACGGCAACAUACCUUUGGCUUGGUCAUUGGAGGAAGCGGCGUUGGAAUUCUGUCGCGCUUAUAAACGAAAGCAAACCACGAACGAUCCGGACGCCAUGGCAGUUGACGUUCCCCAAGACGAGCUUUGGCAGCAGCAGCUUAUUCCUUCUUUUGCAGAAUCACGAUCGCAGUCGCAGUACUACGUCAAUGGGGAAACAAAAACGGUUUAUCAUGAUGGCGGUGCUCAGCAAGCAGGCAGCUUGCCCUUAUUGUCGGGGUCUUGUCCAGCCGUGGUCUGCCUGGUCGAAAAGUCAACGCACAAGGCAGUGCCUCAUUUGGCAACGACCAAAUCACCAUUGGCUUUGGCCGGUGAGUUUUGGAAACGGCAACAUUUUGACAAGCACACCUCCCUUCCACGACAAGAGUACUAUCAUGUGGCUAUCAUGCCAUGCCACGACAAGAAGCUAGAGGCUUCACGAAAAGACUUUGAGGAUGAAAGCGGCAAGGAUGUGGAUAUUGUAAUCACGACGCAGGAAUGUAUGAGGCUAAUUCAGGAACUGCUGGAUGUAUCAAUCGACGAUAUAGUGAAAUGCUUCCGUGAAUUACCUCUGGCAACAUUAUCGGAUUGUACGUCGUUCACGAAAGCUGCGGAGCCCGUAUUGAUAGCAGAUUCCAACAGUCACUGUAUCACGACGCUAACCACAGAAGAUGCAGAAAUCUCUUCAAAUGCUGCCUUCACGUUGGGUUCCGGUGGCUAUGCGUCCUUCAUAUUUGCUUAUGCUGCCAAGCGUCUGUUCGGAGUGCAGCUGGAUGCCCACGAAUUGCCCUGGGAACCAGUCGGUCCCGACCAGGCAGGGAGAGUCAGUGCCCGAGUUGCCGCCUCGACUCAGCGACGGCGUGAUUACUAUCACGUGGCACUAUAUAGAAGCCAAGACGGAAAUUUCACAACCAAUGCCAACCUGAGUAGCGAUAGUAAGCCUAUCUUACACUUUGCGAUUGCGUACGGGAUGCAAACGCUUCAGCGUGUUCUUAAGCCAUACACUUCGGAACACUUGCAAUCAGGGAUCGGAUACGACUACGUGGAAGCUAUGGCGUGUCCUAGCGGUUGCGUCAAUGGUGGCGGCCAGAUUCGGACAUCGGCACGGGAGACUCCCACAGAAACUCGGUUUCGCGUUGGUACUACACAAACACUGCUGCGGGUCCCGCAAAUGAACGAGUCGAGCGGUCGCACGCAGUUGGGGGCAGGAAGCUCGCUGCAUACGCGCUAUCACAUUGUACCGCCCUUGCAACAUAGCCUCGGAGCGGCAGCGGGGGUUCCCGUCAAGGAUACACAGUGGUAGGCCGCUCUGCAAAUAGAGAGCUUUAUGUGGAAUAAGUCAACUUAACGAGGUCUCUUCGCGUUAG